AUGGCCCCGUUUCGAAACUUCUUCCCCAAGCGGCCUGCCGUGAACAUUGUGCCGGCCAGCGAUGACCUUCCCACUCCGCUGAACGCCGCGGGGGGCAAUGGUCCAGACGGCCCCCAACGGUCAUCUUUGACUCUCCGACGCAGCGUAGAUGAAAAGCCCAAUGAGUACAAAAUGAGCGUUGUCAAUGACAACGGGGUGUAUCUUCCGCCCUCGCCUACGGAGAAAAAGAGCUUCUGGAGCAAAUCCCCCUCGCAAAACAACACAAGGAACCUCGUUGAUGAAAACGAACCCUUCUCCAUAUCCCGAGAAUCCUUCGACUCUUAUCGCCGCUCUUUCGACAUCUCCGCCCGCUCCCCCGUCAGCCAAUCCGACACCGGCGCCUCCCGCACCUCUCUCGAUUCCCGCUUCUCCCGCCUCACAACCCCCCGCUCAACAGUCAGCGGACACACCUUCGAACCCCCACCAAAGUCCCCAUACGAGAUACGGGAGCAGCAACAGGAGCAUGAGCACGAGAAUGACGCUGAGCAGGAACAAUUUGUAGACAUUGGCCUGAAUGAGGAUACGAAGCCGAAAAAGAAAGGGUUUUUUGCGCGUUUGGGGGAUAAUGUGAUGACUGCUACUACUACUACGACGACGACUACUGGAUCUACUACCUCUACUACAGCUGGCACUGGUGGAGUGGAGUCUGCGGAGAAUAGUCGGCCGGGGUCGUCACAUUUGAGUUUGGGCUUCCAUUUGCCUGGGAGGAAGAGGGAGCAGGGUGGUGGUGGCGCCGCUGCUAGCGGGUUUCAGGUGGCUGAGUUGGGGAGUAUGAAGAUGCCUGUUACGGCUGAUGCGAAAUGA